CUGUCUAUCAAUUCUGCUGAUGAUGACGUUUAUGGCAUGGAAACUAUGAUUGUGAUUCUUUUUAGCAUACUCAUUGCACAGUUGAGCAAGACCUACAUUCAGGCCAUGAAAGUCGAUCGUCUGGAGUACGAUGUGGAUCGUCUUUUCCAGCUCACUCGCAUAUGCACGGAAAGAUUCCUUUUCUGGUAUGUGAGGAACUGGGCCUGUUAACAGGGAUUGGCCGUAGGAAUUUCUUUUCGGUGAUUUUUUGUAUCUCUGCAUGUAAGAGAUACAGUGAAGCUUCUCUAAACUAUUUUUGCUUAAAUCGUUCUAGCACUUAAUGUUUCAGCGAAAAAACUAAUUCGUUUGAUAAAUUAGACAAUUAUUAAUUUUGUUUUACUCAAGUAGAUGUAUUUCAUUGUUCAGUAGAAAAUCACAGAAUUUUUGAAGGAUUUACAAUUAUUUUUGAGCGAGAUGUUAUAAUUACAAGGCCAUACCAGAGGAGUGAAAGGUUAUCUUAACUACAGCACAGCCAAGCGAUACGCGAUACGCGAUACAGUACAAAUAGUGGCCUAGAUCAUAUGUAUGUCCUUUAAAGUCACAAUUUGUCUUUAUCUCAGCCCCGCAUACAGGGAGAGAAAUCUGUCCACGCUAAUGAUAUUCAAAGUCAACAAAUUCAAGACACUGAGCAUAAUACAUAGCUUGUUAUGGAGCUUGCGAUGCACGUGUAUCGACAAAGGUUCCAGUCUUUGUAACAAAGUGAUAUCCAAUAUGCUGUCACCCGCGGAUUAAAAAAAAACCAACCAAUGUGAUCAGUUGUUGGUAAAAUAGAUUAAGAGAAAGGGGGACAAAAUUAGCUUGAGUACAGAAGGAUAAUAUGCGUUUUAUUGCACUCCACUUAUGAAAACUGGAAACACAUUAGUUGUGAAAUACUCUUGUAUGUAUACCACCUCCUGUCAGUUAAAUUCGUUGCCCCCAUUAUUCUACCUGUAGUAAGCCCUUAUUUCUUUUUGCCGCAGGUUGUCGAUGAUUGCCUUAAGAAGUAUUUCGUCCCAACAGUACUUGCCUGGUAAAGGUUACUGAAACUCUUAAUCAAUAAAAUUUGACAUUCUCAGUAGCGCUUAAUCUUUUAAAAUGCACAAACUUAUAUCAGUUAUGUCAAAGAAGGUGUCAAUUUUUCCUUUAAGUAUACCUUAAAUUUUAAAUCUCUUAGAAAGGAAAUACUUCUCCAACAGAAAGCAAUUUCACCGACAUUUAUUCUGAUUCGAUACGCUGAAAGGUGCAAAAUAGUUCCAAAGCUCUGAAACGCCAUUAAUCAUAACGGGAGCAUUUUAUGUUCAAGGUUAUCGGCUUCUGGUCAGAAAACUUCAGCGACUUUUAAUCCUUAAUACUUGGCACUGAGUGGUGUCGACAACAACUGGAAGUUUACCUUUAAGUAAAGCAAUAAUCCGCGCAGGUGAUCUGCAUUUUAGGCAAUUGCAGACAAACAAUUUAUUUCGUUAAAAGCUAUGAGUUUAUUUUUACUUUGUAGAAAUUAAUGUUUAAAGUAGCCGGUUCAUUCAUAUUGCAAAUAAAAGACAUCGGUGAUUUCAGUUCACGUAUCUUGAGCGCAUUAUAAGGAAAACUCCAAUUGUUACAACGAUUCCAGUGACAAGGGUCUAUCUAUCCUGUUUUCAUCACUUGUGAGGAAAUCAGUAAUGUUGUCUUCACUCAUCAUACAGUGAUAGCCGGUGCAAAAGUGUUUUAAGUCUUUAUUCUUCUCAUACGAUCAUUUACUGGUUCAUUCUCUAUUUACAAUUGGCAAGCUAGUUAGCUUUAUAGGGAUCAAUACAAUCUAACCUGAACAGAAAUUCACCUUACGAACAACAAAGUGCUUGUCUCAUUGCCUGCUUUACUGCUUGUCUUACCUCGCUAAUCUUCCAACAGUAAAGGAACGGGUUUAAGGUUGAGUUAAAGCAGACAAAAACUACCAUUAGUGCCUCACUGACGACUAAAUGUGUCGGAGAUAUUUUACUUAAAGUGCGCAAAAUUACCUGCAUGCAAUAAGGUAGAUAACAGAUAAAUAAAGCUAACUGCACCCACAGAGCAUUGUACACUGCCUUUCUGUAACGUGCGAUGUUCAGGGCAUUUGGUUGGCUCGGAUGUUGCUGGGCAUGAUCUUGUAUUUGAGUGUGAUGAAGACGAAGAACUCUAAAAAUCUUUGUGUAAGAUGCAGAUGAGAUCAUCAAGCAAGACACUGUCGCUACAAAGAUGGACCAAAAUGUUAUGUGGUAAAUUAAGCUAUAGAAUGAAGUAAAGACACCGGCUGCAAUCCAAAAGGUAACUAAAAUGACCUGGAUGCGCUUUACGGUUACGAUUUGUCUGUAUCUCAACCCCAACAACAGGGCGAGAAGUCUGUCGACACUUAUAGUCGUCGUUGUCGACAAAGAUACUGAACAUAACGCAUGGCCUGAUAUGAAAAUUGCGUGGUAUGUCCAUCGACAACGGCCCCAGUCUUCGUGAAUAAAAGACAUAAAAUGGAUGACAGCCAAAGGAUGAAUGACGAGACCAACUAAAAGAUCUGUUGUUGCCAGGCAACGAUAAAGGACUUUGGACGGCGGAUGAAGUGAGGAUUCCUUGUGAAGGGCAACAAGGAUAAGAGAAUUGCCAAGAAAUGCUGUUAAGGAAAGCAGAAUGUGGAUUGACGAGAAAUAAUAUGCAUACGGUUGUAUUACACUCGCCAUAGACCGGGAACAUUCCAUGGUUUUGGUUUGUGUUCCGUCUGCUGUAAAAUUCUGAGUUGUUACCAUAUUCUCGCCGCUAAUCUAAGGCAGUCCUUUCCUUUUCCCAACAGAUCAUCUGCUAUAGCAACGAGAAAUAUCUUAACUUAACAGCACUCGCCCGGCCGUUAAUAUUUAAAAACUUACUUCCCCUGUGUGUGUCAGCAUAACCAUCUUUUCGAUAGCGUUUACGAACUAACAAUGAACAAAAGAACCGCCUGUUGUGUCACAAUCAAUUUUGUUUUCUUGGGCCUCCUUUGCAUUUAUUAUCACAAAAGGGAAGAAACAUCUGUUCAUCAGUAAGAAAUUUUUAUAAUAUUUGUUCUUAAUUUUCUGCCUUAAAAAGUUGCAGAAUAGUUCCAAUACAUUUUAUUGAAACCCACCCAAAGCCAUUAAGACAGACACGUAAUUUAAAUGGCUAAAGGGUGCGUUACUGAACACUGUAUAAAUUAAAUCUCUAGACUCACGGCCGGAGCAUUUUCCCCGCAGAUCAUCUUCUUUUGCAACGAGAAAUAUCUUAACUUAACAACACUCGCCCGGUCGUUAAUACGUAAAACUCACUUCCCCUGUGCAUGUCAGCAAAAACCACCUUUUCGACGUCGUUCAUGAACAAAAAACGAGCUAAAGAACCGCCUGUUUUGUCACAAUCAAUUUUGUUUUUUUGGGCUUUCGUUGCAUUUAUUAUCACCUAAGAGAUGAAACAUCUGUUCAACAGUAAGCAGUUUUUACGACAUUUGUUCUAAAUUUAUGACUAAAAGGUUGCAGAAUAGUUUCAAUACAUUUUAUUGAGACCCACCCAAAGCCCUUAAGAAUGACACGUAAUUUAAAUGUCUGCACACCGAAUUAUAAAAUCUCUAGACUCACGGCUAGACUCACAGAGCAUUUUCUUUCAAUUUUUUUUUGGAAAUGAUUUAUGGUAAUGACGGCCUACUUACUAGAAACAACAACUUAGACCACGGACAGCUGUAAAUCUUAGUCGGUGUAAUUUGACUUAAGUGCGAAUUAGGGUUAGGAUUUAAUUUACAACUCAAAUAUAAAGACAUCAGUGGUUUUACUCUUUGACAAAAGGAUGCGAAACUCUGUUUACUCUCAUUUUGAGUAAUGAAAAGGUUAUUUUGUUUUUAAUGCCCUUUCAUCUUAUGUCAGGUGAUUCGCUGCAAACAGUUUUCUCACAAGUUAGGAAUUUUGGAUUUUACAAUAUGUUCCUCUUUGUAAAGUUGUUGGAGAAGACUAAUGAAAAAAAAAUGAACUCUGUAUUUUAGAUGAUACAUGAAUAACGUUUUUUAUUUCACUGAAAAGAAGACGUCGAGCUUGCUAAUGCACUUCGCGAGCUCCAAAUUCAAAUUGAUCAGAAGAGCCAAUCAGAGGAAAGGAAAAUAUCACAAGGAGCCAAUGAGAAUCCGUAG